AUGCAAAUCUUCGUGAAGACGCUGACCGGCAAGACGAUUGCCCUCGAGGUGGAGGCGAGCGACACGAUCGAGAACGUGAAGGCGAAGAUCCAGGACAAGGAGGGCAUCCCGCCGGACCAGCAGCGGCUGAUCUUUGCGGGGAAGCAGCUGGAGGAGGGCCGCACGCUGGCGGACUACAACAUCCAGAAGGAGUCCACGCUGCAUCUCGUGCUGCGCCUGCGCGGCGGCGUGAUGGAGCCGACGCUGGAGGCCCUGGCGAAGAAGUACAACUGGGAGAAGAAGGUGUGCCGCCGCUGCUACGCCCGCCUGCCGGUGCGUGCGACCAACUGCCGCAAGAAGGCCUGUGGCCACUGCUCCAACCUCCGCAUGAAGAAGAAGCUGCGGUAA